AUGGGGACUGUUGUAAAAACUGGAGGGUGUCAGAAAGAUCUGGUCUUGGCAACAGCAUUGAAGAAGAAGAAUCUGCGUGUGAAGGAUCUGAUUUAUUUUAUUUAGCAGGGAAUGUUGCUUCCUUCAGUACAUGUUACCAUGGCGAUGACUGCAGGGACUACAACAUCCUUUCCCAUGAGUAACCACACCCGGGAGAGAGUGACGGUGGCCAAACUUACGCUGGAGAACUUCUACAGCAACCUCAUCAUACAGCAUGAAGAGAGAGAAACCAGGCAGAAGAAGCUAGAAGUGGCUAUGGAAGAGGAAGGCCUUGCAGAUGAGGAGAAAAAACUGCGCAGGUCACAACAUGCUCGCAAAGAGACAGAGUUUCUGCGACUGAAGAGGACUAGGCUUGGCUUGGAUGACUUUGAAUCUUUGAAAGUUAUAGGAAGAGGAGCAUUUGGGGAGGUACGCCUCGUUCAGAAGAAGGAUACAGGUCAUAUUUAUGCAAUGAAGAUACUAAGAAAAGCAGAUAUGCUGGAGAAAGAGCAGGUGGCCCAUAUCCGAGCAGAAAGAGAUAUUUUGGUUGAAGCGGAUGGAGCCUGGGUAGUGAAAAUGUUUUACAGUUUUCAGGAUAAAAGAAAUCUUUACCUGAUCAUGGAGUUCUUACCUGGAGGUGACAUGAUGACCUUACUAAUGAAGAAAGACACCUUAUCAGAAGAGGAGACACAGUUUUACAUUUCUGAAACUGUGUUGGCCAUAGAUGCUAUUCACCAGCUGGGAUUCAUCCACAGGGAUAUUAAACCAGAUAACCUUCUGCUGGAUGCCAAGGGUCAUGUAAAACUGUCUGAUUUUGGGCUAUGCACAGGUUUAAAGAAAGCUCACAGAACAGAGUUCUACAGGAACCUUACACACAACCCACCAAGUGACUUCUCAUUUCAGAAUAUGAACUCAAAGAGAAAAGCAGAAACAUGGAAGAAGAACAGGCGACAGCUGGCAUAUUCUACUGUUGGAACCCCAGACUAUAUUGCACCAGAAGUAUUUAUGCAGACUGGGUACAACAAGCUGUGCGACUGGUGGUCUUUGGGAGUGAUUAUGUAUGAAAUGCUAAUAGGGUAUCCACCUUUCUGCUCAGAAACACCACAGGAGACUUACAGGAAAGUUAUGAACUGGAAAGAAACAUUGGUAUUUCCUCCAGAGGUGCCCAUUUCAGAGAAAGCAAAGGAUUUAAUUCUAAGGUUUUGUAUCGACUCAGAAAAUAGAAUUGGUAGUAAUGGAGUAGAGGAAAUCAAAAGUCAUCCAUUUUUUGAAGGAGUGGACUGGGGACAUAUCAGGUAUAUAUGUAGACACACAUUUUAUAGAGAGAAUAAAAGCCAUGAAAGCAAGAAAUUAAUGUACUAUGAUGUCAAGGAUGAUUAUUUCCAAUUUAUCUUUUAUCUUGAAAGGCAGCCACUGGCAGUAGAAAUCAAAAGUAUUGAUGAUACUUCCAACUUUGAUGAAUUUCCUGAAUCUGAUAUUUUACAGCCAGUGCCAAACACAACGGAACCAGACUACAAAUCCAAAGACUGGGUUUUCCUCAAUUAUACCUACAAGAGGUUUGAAGGGCUCACGCAGCGUGGCUCGAUCCCUUCCUACAUGAAAGCCGGGAAGUUGUGA